CGAAAACUCUAAGCACAGAUACCGAGCGACGCUCGUUCUCUGAAGGAUGGACUCGAAGGCUCCGUUCUCCUGGUUCGCAGCGCAUGGGGGAAUAUGCGACACAUCUGCGCUCGGCCUGCGCGAGUUCGAAGGGUACGGUCAAGGGGCCGUCGCGCUUCGCUCUCUAUCGGAGGGACAUGUUCUGUUCUCGAUACCGCGAGAUCUCACGCUCUCGACGCGCACAUCUGCGCUCCCGACGCUCCUAGGGCAAACCGAAUGGCAGAAAACCGACCUCCACAGGGGAUGGGCCGGCCUGAUCCUCUGCAUGAUGUGGGAAGAGGCCCAAGGAAGCCUUUCAAAGUGGUCCGACUAUCUAGCUUCUCUGCCCGCGUCCUUCGAUACGCCGAUGUUCUGGAGUGAGGAAGAUCUGCUGGAGCUGAAAGGGACGUCUGUGGUAGAAAAAAUAGGGAAGGACGCAGCUGAGAAGGAUUACCGUGAAAAAGUCGUUCCCGUUCUAGAGGGCAGGCCAGAUAUCUUCGGUCAUCAGCCGCCGAGCCGGUAUUAUUCGCUCAAGAAUUAUCACCUCAUGGGGAGUCGGAUCCUCUCCCGCAGCUUCAACGUGGAGAAGUGGGACGGAGAAGACGACGAGGACUCAAAAGAACAACACUCGACGGACAUGGACGUCGACGAGGACCCCUCGGCACAAAAACCCGAUCCAGAGCAGUUCGAAGAGGCCCAGGAAACCUCAUUGGUGGACGACGAUGACUCUGAUGACGAGGGUGAGGAUGCAGACUCUUCCGACGUAGCUAUGGUUCCGAUGGCAGAUAUGCUCAACGCUCGAUACGGGAGCGAAAACGCUAAGCUGUUUUAUGAGAAGCAUGAGCUCCGUAUGGUGACUACGAAAGCUAUCGCGGAAGGCGAGCAGAUCUGGAACACAUAUGGCGACCCUCCCAACUCACACCUGCUGCGCUGCUACGGGCACAUCGAUCUAAUACCUCUACCAGGAGGCAUCCAAGGAAACCCAGCAGACAUCGUCGAGCUCCGCGCAGACCUUCUUGUCCAAAGCGUAUCUCAACUGUACGCAGCCGGCGCUGACCGCUCUCCGACCGAACGAGUGGACUGGUGGUUGGAGGAAGGAGGCGAAGACUUGUUUAUCAUAGACACGAGCUACGACGUCCCCGACGAACUCAUCUCGUUCGCGCGCCUGCUCUUGAUGGAAGCUCCCGAGUGGAUUGAAGCCAAAUCUAAGAGGAAGCUGCCGAAGGCGAAGGUGGACGAAAGAGUGCUAACCGUCGCCGCGGACGUGCUGCAGAAACGCAUAGCCGAAUACCCCACGACCUCGGAGGAGGACGAGAUCCUGCUAUCCGAACGUGGAGUCUCCCAACUCUCCUUGAACAAGAGGCACUCGGUGAUCGUUCGGUUGGGAGAAAAGCGUAUCCUGCAGAACGCGAUGGGGAAGGUGCAGGCGAAAUUGGGGGCCGCAAGGAGCGGGAGGUCGAACAAAAAACGGACGGCGGACGAGAACGGUGAACACAGCAGAAAAAAGCAGAAGGCCAGGCGGUGAACUAUCUCUAUUCCGCCGUGUAGUAGGUACGCGUACGUGUGCUUGCUGUGUUGUC